GUUCAAAGUUCGCAGGGAAACAACAACAAAAAAGCAGACAUCAAUGUGCUAGCUAACUUAGUUUAGUAGUUUGUUUCUACCUCAACUAAUUUGACGAAAUGACAUCUGCGUUAUCUAAACAAAGUUUGUUGUUCACGACAUUUAGUCUUGCUUUGACCGGGUUUUCAUUCUGCUCAGUUGCAGAUGCUAACGUUAAUUCAAACAUACCUGCGAUUGCAAAUUAUUUCGGAACGAAAGGCAGAUAUGAGGAAGUUAACCCCUAUCUCAUUAAUGACAUCCUCUCGGUAAACAAAUCCCUUUUAAAACCGGGAUGUACCGAUUGCACGGCUAUUCAUGUGACCGCCAUAAUUCGGCAUGGAACACGAUAUCCAACGACCAAAAAUAUCAAAAGGAUGCAACGGCUUUACGACCUUGUUCUAAACGACGCAAUGAACACUGAUAAAUGGCUGAAUGAAAUCAAAACCAAGUGGGAAAUGUGGUACACUGACGAUAUGGAUGGCAAGCUUGUGGAGAAGGGGCGAGAUGACCAUAGGCAUCUGGCUGUCAGGUUGGCAACAUUGUUUCCAUCUUUGAUAUCAGAGGAAAACCUCAGGAGCCAACGUAUCCGUUUCAUCACUAGCUCCAAACACAGAUGCGUGGACAGCAUUGUAGCUUUCCAAGAGGGUCUACUCAACCUUUGGAAAGUGACAGGUGAGUUUGUUGAGUAAAGCUAGUUUAGUCGUUUUACUAUUCCCUGAAUUAUAAAUAUGCCUGGGGGUAUCACACUCAGUCACUCACACUGAUCACCAGUGCUUAAUUUUUUUGCCUGGCCGAACAGGAUCCGGCACCUCUCAGAUUUGACUUUGUUCAUUCCGGCAACUAUUUUCCCGGAUCCGGUACCUGUCGCGUCAUUAUUUAUUAAUUCUUUCACUGUUCGCACUGUAAACAUUCUACUAAAAGCGAUCAGCGUUGAAUUAAGUUGCCUCGUUAUUUCUCCCGCCCCCCAGAAAGACCGUCAUGUAAAAGCGCGGUGAUCCUUCUGCGUAUUCAUCCUAUCCUGCAACACUGAUUCCAAAUCCAAUUUUAUUGGUCACAUAUACACAUAUUUAGCAGACGUAAUUGCGGAUGUAGCGAAAAGCUUGUGAGAAAUAAUACACACACAAAAAUAAAUACUGCAAGGUUGCUUAGGAGCUAGAAGGAGAGCUGCCAUGUCUGUCGGCGCCAUAGACCCGAGCUGUGUUCGAAUACUCAUACUAACCGUACUAUUUGUGACCUAAAUUUAGUAUGUAGUAUGCUUAUUGAUCAUUUAAGUAAUAAUGCCCAAGAAGUGAUAAUGCCCGAGAAGCCGGUGUUUGGAGGAUAUAUUGGCACAGGUGUUGUUAGGUCCGAGACGUUAGGCCACUGUAAAUGUUAGUCUAAAAGAAAUGUGAGAUAAUGUCUAGAUGCUUUUUAUAGUGGAGAUCAAAUUUAUAAAUUGCCUGGCUGAUGAGUCAGAUGGAACAGAGUAAAUAGGCAUUUUAACGGCAUAUCCGGUGGUAACCAAUCAGCAUUCAGGAUUAGAUCCACCCAUUGUAUAAAGUUCGUAUGCCAAAAGUUCCCGGAUGUCAUACUACAUUCGUCAAAAUUCGAAGUAUAUAAGCAGUGGACACUAUUUCUGUACUUUUAGGCCCUAGAAUGCAAUUCUUCAGAAAAUGGGCGUGGCUUCACAACAUUUUCAGAUUUUAAGAAAAUGGCAGAAAAUAUGCAGCCGAAGUCUGACGAGAGCCGAUACAAAUGUAAAUACAAAAAGUAAAUAUUCAUUGCUUUAACUAAUUAUGAUAAAUGUUAAGAAAAUGUUGAGCAAUGUAAUAAAAAAGUAAUGACUUUUCAGUGCAUCCACUGAGCAGGUGCAAUUUGCAGUUCAAGAACAAGCAAACGUAUAACCCCUUGCUUGUCAUGCAGAAUUUAAAGUCGGGCUGUACAACAUGCAAAAAGGUAGGGAGCUUGGGUCUAGAAACGACUGAAGGGAUUAAACUGUCAAAAGAGUGGUUGGAAUGUACAGUAACAUCCUCUGCCUCAGCAAAAAAACAACAACAAAGAGCCCUCACCAAGGCGCAUUUGGUGGCAGCAAGCCUUGUAGACAAGGCUAAAGAGGACACCCAGGGCAUAGUUAACACUCAAAAAGAAAAAGUAGACACUACAGCCAGAGUUUUCCGAACAGCCUUAGGAGUCUAAACGUCACAGCUCAUGACUUUGAGCAAGAAAUUGAUUGUCAGUAGUUAAAUGGACUUGACAUAGGGAGAGUCAUUGUGGGAGGUUUUGAAAACUAAGGUAGGAAAAAAAAAAAAAUCCUUUACAAACUUGUUCUGUACUGUGAAGUUAAUCUGAAUAUGUGCUUAAUUUUAUCACAUAGACAGGAGGCCUAUAUAUUCUCAUGUGUGUUCUGCUGUAGCCUACAUUGAUUUAUUUUAUUUGAAGUUAUUCCGAUAAUGUGAUAUAUGUUCUACUGCUACAUUGAUGUCUUGAAAAUGAUAUGAAAUUUGGUUCUUGUAGGCCCCACAGCUGAGUAUGUGUGCAUAUGCAUAUGACGGGUGUUCUGCAGUGACGUCUAAAAAUGUUGCUGUACAUUGAUGUCUACAAAAUUAGGCUAUAAGAAAUUCGGACUUGUGUAAGCCCCGCAGCUAUACUCAAGUAUGUGGCCAUAAAAUGCUUUGAAUUAAUCAGCACCUUGGAAAGUGCUGUCCGUUUCACCACCAUAGAUAGGCUACUUGGCUGUUUACUCUGUCUGCUGCGCUGCUACUUUGUGUUUGAAACUUUUUUUCUCAAUGUAAUCCGGUACCUCAGAGCCCCACGGAUAACCCCCCCCUCGCGCUCACUAUGUGUUCCGGGACCUCCCAAUUUACUAAUUAAACAAUGCUGAUCACCAUUAGUACAGUCUGGUGGGGGCGAGAUCAGCAACAGUAAUAUACAAUGUUUGGACUUAUUAUAUUCUAUUUUUGUCUUAUUACAGAAGUUGGACCCAGCCACAAAAUCAAUGAUGAGUUGAUGAGAUUCUUUGACCAGUGCAAAAAAUUUGUUGAGGAUGUGGAGAACAACAAAACUGCCCUGGAAGAGGUCCACCUCUUCAAGGCCUCAGCAGAGAUGAAAAUACUGCAAGUGAAGAUGGCUGACCAACUGCAAGUUCCAUACAAUCACAUCACACCAGGUUGCUUGGUUCCAAAUCGUAACCACUUUGUGUAGUUGAGGGAGUUCAUAAUGUUACGGUUGAAACUUGCAAUCCUCUUAUGCCAGUUGAAUUCAUUCAAUAAUUCUCACUUUUUCUCACCAGAUCUGGUGGAGGCUGCAUUCUUCCUGUGCUCAUACGAGUUUGCCAUCAAAUCUUUGAACUCCCCCUGGUGCAACCUGUUUGAUGAGACUGAUGCCCAAGUAUGUCCACAGUGGGAGAGCUAUUGCCUCUGCCUCAUAAACAAUGAAGCACCCAGUUCAGUCAUACAGAUCAAACCGGUCUUUCAAAUUUUCAUUGACGCAAUCACCUGUGCCUUUUCAGGUGCUGGAGUACAAAAAUGACCUGAAACAGUACUGGAAGAGGGGCUAUGGUCAUGACAUCAACCGCAAGUCCAGUUGCACUCUUUUUCAUGACCUGUUCAAUCGCCUUGAUCAGGCUGCUCAUGAGAUCAGGUGAGUUGGUUGUAAAGUUAAACCACAGUCCACACUAAUUUUAUUGUGUACCAUGAUCAUAUCACUUAAACACAAGUGCUUAUAUAGGCCAAUUAUUGUUAUCAAGCCUGUUCCUUUGAUUGUUAUUAAAAAACUAUUGGGUCCCUGAGGGUAUAUCCACCAAGUCCUCGCCCAUUAAUGGUUACUCCUGUUUUAAAUGGGCUCUCUACAAUGGAGAAAGUCAUUGAAGUUAACUGUUACGUGGCAAUUGGGAAUAUAUAGUUUCUCCUUUGUUUUUCCCUCUGAUGCAUUUCACAGCACUUCCCUAAGUAGUUGUUAUAACAUUGUAAUAGCAUAGUAAGUGUGUGGCUGGUUGUUAUCAUGAUUUUAGAAUUGUGGAUUAUGCCCCCUUUUUUCCUGUUCAGGUUUGGGCAUGUAUCUGAGGCUGUGACCAUCCAGGUGGGCCAUGCCGAGACCCUCCUGCCCCUGUUGGCCCUCAUGGGCUUCUUCAGAGACGAGACGCCCCUGACCGCUGACAACUUUGACAUGCAACAUGGCCGCACCUUCCGUACCAGCCGCAUCGUGCCUUACGCAGCCAACCUGCUCUUUGUGCUGUAUGACUGCAGCGAAGGCCUCCGGCUGCAGUUCCUCCUCAACGAGACACCUCAGAACUUCCCCGAUAUAAAGCACCAGGCUCCACUCUACGAUACGGUCAGAGAGACCUACAGAGAGCUGCUGCAAGGCUGCAAUUUCGAGAAGGAGUGCGAGCUGCCCAGACCCAACAUAAACUCUGAGCUGUGAACUUGGGGCAUAUGAAGGUAGAGGGCUCUCUCUACAGGGGUUUGAAGACUCAAACUUCUAUGUGUAAUUCAAGAGAGAGGUUUUAAAGGUUUUCUCUGAACCAGUUACACCUUUUUUUUUUACAGAUAGCUUUUACAGGGCCCCCUUUUUUUCAGAUGUCACUUUAGCAUGAGUUAUUAUGAUGCUUGCUUUCUUUUCUAGGGUCAGAAUCAUCCAGGGUCUUUAUUGAACACACUCUUUUUAGAAGAGAGAGAGCUUUAUAUUUAUGCUAUUUCAUGAGUUUUUAUUGAUUUCUAAUAUAUUGCAGAUUUUUCAGGUGCCUUUUUGUGUUUUCGUACAGUAUGUUUUUUCCAAAAGAAGAAAGAAACACUGAGUAGAAUAUAAUGUCUGCCACUGGAUAGAUGGGUUGGGUUUCCUUGCUGAAAAACUAUUUGCAAUUGUUUGUGUUUGUAAAACAUUUUGCUCUAUAAUAUGAGUAAUUUGUGUGGGCUGAUUAUAUUUGCACUCAUUUUCAGAGACAUUUACACCAAAGGUUGCCUUUUUUAGAUUUAUUGGACUGCAUUGUGAACAAAAUAUACAUUUUAAACAAUAAGCUUUUAAUUUGGGGUUACCUUACUUGAGUUACUUUAUUUGAUUAUUUUCUACAUUGUCAUUUGAUUUGUCUGUG